GAACUUUCCCUUUAAAUACCCCCCCUAUCGGAAAAUAACGGUAGUAAGUUGCCUGCUACGGUCCGGUCAGGGUAUCUGACUUCUCGACCACCAGUGAAUUGACGUUCAGUCAGACAGGUGCGCGUGCCUUGCGAUGAGAACACUGUUGAUAUCACUCCUCUGCGUCCUCAGCGGGGUGGAGGAGACCCUGGCCGUACCUGCCACGAGAGAGUUCUAUAUCGCCGCGGUUGAGAUCGGUUGGGACUAUCUCUACUGGGGCAGCGCUGACCCCGCAUCAGAACAAAGGAGGAGGACCAAGGAUCCCCCUCAGAAAUACAUAAAAGCUGUUUAUAGAGAAUACACUGAUUCCACAUAUUCAGUCCCCAAGCCUACACCAACAUGGGCAGGUAUCCAGGGUCCGGUGAUCCAUGCCCAGGUCAGUGACAGGGUGGUGGUGCACUUUAAGAACCUGGCGUCCCAGCCCUACAGUAUCAGCCCUGUGGGGGUCAGCUACUGGAAACAGUCUGAGGGGGCCGGAUACGAUGACGCCCGUCUAGCCAGGAGAAGGAGGAUGAUGCGGUUGCUCAGGAGGAUACUACAAGUACACCCAGAAUGCCUCACCUACUCCUACUCCUCCCAGGUGGACACUGUACAGGACUUCAACUCUGGGCUCAUCGGGGCUCUGCUCAUCUGCAAAUCAACUGCAUUUACAGAUAAUGGAGUUCGGAAAAGCAGAGAGUUUAUUCUGCUCUUUGCUGUUUUCGAUGAGAGUAAGAGCUGGUACGGAGAGGUGGGGAGUUUCCGGGAAAGAUUUAAGAAGGCCAGUGCAAGAAAACAGUAUCAUACUAUCAAUGGAUACGUCAACUCAACUUUACCAGGUCUGACGAUGUGCCAGGGACGAGAUCAUGUGUUCUGGCAUCUCAUUGGAAUGGAAACGUCUCCAGGGAUCCACUCCAUACAGCUCCAGGAUCACACUCUGCAGGUGAUGGCCCACCGUAAGGUUACCGUGGAGAUGACCCCUAUGACGUUCACCACAGCGGAGAUGAAGCCCAGCACUCAGGGGAAGUUCCUCAUCAGCUGUCAGAUUCAAGAACACCGCCACGCGGGUAUGAGUGCAGUCUUUAAGGUAGAGGACUGCCCAGAGCCUGUGACGGUGCCCGGUCCUGACGUGCGUCGGGUUCAGCAGUCUGAGGAUAAGGAGGACUAUGAAUAUGGAGAUGACAUGUUUGAGACCUUUGUGUUUAAGCCUGGGAAAGGUCAGGCUGUGGGGCGCUCCCGAGGGGGGAAGAACAAAAUCUGGGUCCAUUACAUCGCUGCUGAGGAGAUCAUCUGGGAUUACGCACCCCACCUCAGCCAGGGAGACAGGUAGGAAACCCCACCUCAGCCAGGGAGACAGGUAGGAAACCCCACCUCAGCCAGGGAGACAGGUAGGAAACCCCACCUCAGCCAGGGAGACAGG